GUUCCCUUCCAACAACAACGAGCGGAACGCCGGUCGCCUCUAACGCAGCAAGCUGAACACAGUGGCGAGCACAGUGUACGGGGCGAGCGAGAGGGGAUGGAGGGACAGGUCGAGGAGCCCCGGGGACGCUACCGGGUGGGAUGGAGUGCAUCCAGGGGAUAACCUCCCCCCCCCCAUUUGAACCCCCCCACCCCGCCCGAGUCGGACAUGCAACUUGACCGAUCACCACCACCACACAACUUGACCCUCGCUGGGGUCAACAUGGACGAGGAACCGCAGGACGGUGGCAACACCACGGCCUCUGCCGAGGUCGGCGGAGAGGGACCAGGGAGCCCCAUGGAGCGAGAGGGGCCCGGCGAUGUGGAGGGGGGCACCCCGACACAGGGGCCGAGUCCAAGCCAUGAACUCACGGUCACCGUCACCAUUGCCCUCGCUCUGCCCAACGCGGAGGGCGCUCAGGGCGAGGCCGCGUCCCUCCGGCCUGGAGCCGCCGGGCGCCGGGGUCGCCCGCGAGGAGAUGGAGCCGCGGGAGUCGGAGCGAGCGAAGCUGCGGGAGCCACCGCCUGCUUCCACUGCGAGCUCCUCCUGAUACCUGGCCGGGUGGAGAAGGCCGACGUGGUGUUCUACGGCUCCGUGGCCAGGGUCUACAUCGGUAGCGACACCAAGGUGAUACGCGCGUGGUCCGAGGGGCCGCGCUCGUGGGUGGCGUGGAAGCAGGAGGCCCGCGUUUCCCCGUCCGGGAAGCAGCUGCUGGCCCUCAUGUCGUCCCGCCUCUCGGCCGGCCGCCUGCGCGUGUGGGAGGGCCGCGAGCGCCUCUCGCAGAGGGCCCGGCACGACCGGCCCACGGGACUGCGCCUGCGCUCCGAGACGGAUCCCGGGCGCUUGGACCGCGUGCAGAAGCUGGUGCGGAGGAUGUUGGCGCAACUCGAGCCGGCGCGGGCACGCGGGGCCGGGAAGGAGGAGGAGGAGAGGGAGGAGGAGGUGGGGGAGGAGGAGGAGGAGGGCAAGGCAGGGCGAGGGCAGCACGAGAAGGGCACGGCCGUUCCGCCGCCCGUACGUGGAGAGGAGCGUGGCCGUGCGGGGAGCGCGUGGGGCGCCACGGGGAGCCGACAGCCCCGACGCGGGGACGCACGGGCCGCCGAGCGAGGGACCCCGCGCCGGGGAGUCUGGGGCGCCCACGCCGCCGAGAGGGGGGCCCCGCGCCGGCCCCUCGGGCUGACCGUGCCCCUGGCGCGGCUCGUAGCCGGUGAGCGCAGGGCGUGCGGGCGCGCGUCCCACCCGUGUGCCGGCCUGCUCGACGCCCUGUGCUGCGUCUCGUGCCGCGAGCCCAUCCUGAGCCAGCAGCAGAGUCUCCAACUCAACCCCAUGAUCGUCCGCAUCGUGUCUGCCAGCGGCUUGCCCGCCGCGCCCGUGCCUUACUCUGUGCUCAAGGAGCGCUGCCUGCCCGCGUACUGCUCCUACCGCUUCGCACCGCUGGCCCCGCACCGGAGCGAGGGCCGCGCCCAGGGCCCCCGAUUGCGCUUCGACGACGUCAACGCCGUGCCCCUGGGCCUCCUGGGCCGCGCUCGCGUGGCCCAGCUGCUGCGGGGCCCUCCCCUCCGGGUGGAGCUCCACGACCGCGACCUCCGCCGCGACCGCUCCGACGACCGCCGCGGAGACCCGCCGGGUCGCGCCGACGACGGCGAGACGACGGAGGGGGAGGAGGAUGGGGAGGAGAACGAGCAGGAGGGGGACGAGAAGGAGGAGAGAGACUCCUACGGUGUCGCCUUCGUAGACCUGUCGGACCUCCUGCUGGGCGACCGCCUCGUCGAGUUGAGCGUGCCGAUCGUGGCUCGGCGCGUCCGCCGGGCUCCGGCCGACGGGGAGGACGAGGAGCACGUCGCUGUUGGCGGAGUGGAGCGCGUGGCCGCCGGGGGGUACGCGGAGUCGGGCGCGAGCCUCAAGGUGCGGGUCGAGGUUCGGCACGCCCUGGACGAGUGGCUCGGAGAGGACGGCGGCGACGUCGAGGCGAAUGGGGGUCCCUUCGGCCGGGUCGUGUUUCGCUUCUCGUGCCGCGACGACGACGACAGUGACGGCAGCGACGGAGUCGUCGCCCUGCGACUGCGCGAGCUCGAGGAGGAGAUUCUGAUUAGGAACGCCGAGGCGCUGCAGCUCGACGAGCAUCCCAUGCACGUGAUCGAGAGGGCGCUGUCGGCCUACUCGCUCUCGGAGGAGCAGCAGAGGGAUCCGAGUCUGGAUCUGCUCACGGGGUUCCACGUGUACGACGGGGAGCACCACCUGCUCGCCCUGGAGGGGCCCAGGGACGGGGCCGUGCGGCGUCUCUGUGAGGAGUUCGCUCCGAGCUCGAGUCCGGGCCGCGUGGCGGUGCUGUUCGACUCGAGCGUGGGGUUCGCCGUGCGGGCCUUCGCCGCGCUGGGCGCCCGCGUGCGCGCCCUGCGUCUGCGGGCGCCCCUGAGCCGGACGCUGCGCGACCCCGGACUGGCACUGCUCCCGCUCGCCGGAACACGCGGCGCCGCCCUCGCCAUGCGCGCCAUGCAGAGGCUGGAGAGCCUGUGCGGGGCAUCGAGGCUGCGCGACGUCGUGCGAGCCGAGAUGCUGCCUUCGCCGGGGAUGCUGGAAUCGCUCGCGCGCCACUUCUGCGUCCUGCCCGGCACGGCGCUUCACUCCUCAUCCUUCUUCUCGCUCGCCGCCGCCGCCGCCUCCUCCGCCGGCCGCUCGUCCGCACGCGGCCCCAGCACCCUGCAACUCAGGAGGAGCGCCUCUCCACCGGCGCUCCCCAGCGGCAAGAGGAAGUGCAGGCCCCGGCCUCGGCUGGACAACUGGAACCCAGAGUACGUUCACCGACAGCCUGAGGAGCCCGUGGACCACGUCAAGGAAAACCUGGAGAGGGUGCGCGAGGCCAGCCUCGCCGUGGCUCGGUGCCGGCCCCCCGGCCGCGCCGUCUGGCUACUCCCGGGAGACGCGCCCUACUACAGCUCGCAGUCGCUCAACGGGCGACAGCUCGCGCUCUCCGCGCUCCGCGAGCACCUCAACAGGGAGGACCCGCGCGCCCGCCACUCGUACGCCCUCGCCUUCGCCUCCCUGUCGCUGGAUCCCGUGGACGAGGCGGAGGCGCGGCGCGACGAGAGGCGCCGGUCCCGCGCCGCCUGGCGCACCGCCCGGGGAUUCGCCGUGCCGGGCCCGUCGGACAGCCAGCGGGACAACGAGCACCCGCUCCGGCCAGACUCCGCGCGCCGGGAGGAGCUCCGCAAGGCGUGGACGGAGAACGUGCUGCACCGUGGCACGCUGCGCCCACCUCUCCACGGCCGCGACCGCUGGAGCUGGGAGCUGCGCCGGAGCGACUGGGAGCCGUACGGCCGCCCGCCUGCGCCCCCGCGCAUCUCCGCGUCGGUCCACGCGGAGGGGCCGACCACCGCGGAGCUGAUCCGGGCGUGGGAGCAGAGCGUACGCGGCCCUCUCCUCGCGAUGUCGCCGGCGCCGCCCCCCAUGGGCUUCCACCGCCUCCUGCCGGCGACGGAGGAGCGCCCCUCGGGGCCCCUCGCGUCCCACCAGCUGGCGCGCCUCGCCGGCCUCCUCAAGGACCCCCCGCACAAGCUCUCGCUGCGCAAGCCGGGGAUGCUCUUCCAGGCCAUCCCCGCGCUGGCCGUGGUCCGUCACCCGAGCCUGGAGCAACUCUCCUUGACGUCGUCGGGAGGGGAGGACGAGGAGGAGGACAGGGAGGAGGCGAGCGAGGAGGAGGUGGAACGCGAGACGGGUCGCGGCUUCAUGCCGGGGCCGCACGAGCAUCGCGCGUGGACGCUGCCCGGGAACCAUCUCGCUCGGCACAGCCACGCUCGCGGUGCCGAGCCGCGCGACCCCAACGCCUUCGCGACCCUCCUCCGCGAGCGCGCGCUGCUGCACCGUCCGCACGUCGCGCCGCUGCAGCCGGAGGAGCGCGGGGGGCCCCUGUUCGCACCGGCGCCUCCACACGCCGGGACGUCGCCACGGGCCGCCGCGCUGGAGCAGCCCGCCGAGCGGCACGGGAGCGUGGUGCGGGCGCGCACGCACCGCGACGACGCCCAGCUCUACGUGGCGUGACGGGACCGGGGGAGCGGCGAUUGCUACGCCCGGUGCCAGGACUCGGGGUGGGGGUGGCGGUGGCGGGGGGGGGGGGCACGCACCUUGCCGAAGCGGAAAAGCAGCGUCUCCACGAUGCAGCCGAAGCCGUACACGUUCUCCUCCAGCAUCCGCGCGCUGUCCUGCCGGAGCCAAGACGACGGGCGCCGUUAACGAGAACAUGGAGACAACCAAACAGAUAAACGAUUGCCGACCUACGGAGUCCGCGAUGGAAGGCGCCCUCUUCUAUAUUUUUUUACGGCAACAGUGAUUUGUUAAAUUCUAGCAAUGUAUUACAGAUCUUCGAAUUUUUUUGGAACGCACGCGUGCAGUUUAUGCCAAUUAUUUACAAAAAAGCCAAAUGAGUAUGGUGAUGACGCCCAAGGUUAUGCUUUGUUUAUACGACCCUUCAUAUGUACAGCCUAGAGAUUGAUUUGUUUAACGAUCAACCUACAUGGUUGUAUCUCAUGAUGAACACUUACGAAUACCCAACCCCAAGUAAUUCGCCUGCCGCCUAGCCUGACACUAUAGCCCAUUAACGCAUCGACAGUUUCCUAAGGUAAUAAUUAAUGGAGUAAAAAAAAGUGCUAAAAUGCCACAAAGUGUAUCUCUUUCAAAAUUGAAAGAUUAAAGAGAGAAAAUUGUAAAGUUGGUCGUGGUGUAAGGCGAUUGUGUGCUCAUGGGAGGAGUUUCAGGUUUAUCUUGCUUCACCAGGCGAGACCUCGAAGACCAGGAUGAUUCUCAUUGGCAAGACCGACUUGGGGCAUUCGCCUGUCAGCAGGGGGAAAUGAUUGCUGCUUCGUGUACAAUCCCAAUUGAGUAAUGUGUGCGUCAUUUUCAAGAUUGUAAAAUUUAGACCCUGGUGCCGGCACACGAUGGCCUGAUCUUGCAAACUACAUCAGGGAGGUCUUUAACGUCCACUGCGGAGCAGAUGGCGCGAAGUAUUACUCGGAUUUUUAUCCCCGCAGUCAUAUUCGGACCGCGAACCUCUGCAACAAGCGGGGAAACGCGGGACCGCUGAGCCGCGUCACCGUGCAAGGCUGAGCGCGCGAGUGUGUGUCCUCUGUAGAGACCUGCAGGGAUGGGUG